CCGGCUCGAGCGGCGCAGAACGGCCCGGAACGGCCCCGGGCAGCCCGGAACGGCCCGGCCAGGCUCGGCCCGGUUCGCCCCGGUGCAGCCCGGUCGGGCUCGGUUCCCCCCGGUUCCGUUCUCUGCGGUCCGGUCCCGUUCGGCUCGGCCCGGUUCGGCCCCCCCCCCCCCCCUCCGGUGCAGCCCGGUUCGGUCCGGAUGGUGCUGGCCGGGGCCCGAGCAGCGCCGUGAGCCCGCAGGUGUCCGCAUGGCCCCCCGCGGGAUGCGGCCCGGGAAGCCCUUCCUCCCCCCUCUCCUCGCCCUCUUCUUCCUCCUCCUCCUCCUCCUCCUCGCCGCUACCGGCCGCGCCGGCGUGGUGGAGGUGCAGCGCAGCGUGACGGCGGUGCUGGGCCAGGACGUGGUGCUGCCGUGCCGGUACCGGGCGCAGGAGCAGGAGCACGUGGUGCAGGUGACGUGGCUGAAGCGGGGUCCCGCCGGGAGCAGCGCCGAGGUGGCCGUGCUCAACCGGGAGCACGGGGAACACGUGCAGGAGCCCUACGCCGGGCGCGUGAUGCGGCGGGCGGGGGGGCCGCUGGAGGACGGCGCCAUCGUCCUGCGCAACGCGGUGCAGGGCGACGAGGGCGACUACGAGUGUCACCUCAUCACCUUCCCCAUGGGCAGCUUCGAGGGGCGCCUCACGCUCAAGGUGCUGGUGCCGCCGCUGCCCAUCCUGAACCCGGGGCCACCGCUGGAGGAGGGUCAGGGCCGGACGCUGGCGGCCUCGUGCACGGCCGAGGGCAGCCCCGUGCCCUCCGUGCGCUGGGAGACCGAGGUGCGAGGCACCAACGCCACGCGCCGGUCGGAGCACGCCCGCUCCGCGUCCGUCACCAGCGAGUUCUUCCUGGUGCCCGGGCGCAGCAUGAACGGGAAGAGCCUCACGUGCGUGGUGGAGCACCCCGGCCUGCGCCACGAGAAGAGGAUCACGCACCUCCUCAGCGUCGCCUACCUCUCGGACGCGUCGGUGCUGGGGCACACGGAGGAGUGGCAGGAGGGGAUGGAGGGGGCGGCGCUGACCUGCCUGGGGGACGGCAACCCCCCCCCCACCUACAACUGGACGCGGUUGGACGCGCCGCUGCCCGCCGGGGUGCGGGUGAAGGGGGACACCCUCAUCUUCCAGCGGCCGCUGGCCGUGGCCGACGCCGGGGAUUACAUUUGCCACGUGUCCAACCGCGUGGCUGCCAAGGAGGCGAGAGCCAACGUCAGCGUCAGGAGCAGGGUGGCCGACGACGAGGUGCGGAAGGUGGACCUGGUCUCGGCCUCGGUGGUGGUGGUGGGCGUCAUCGCCGCCGUCCUGCUCUGCGUCCUCGUCGUCGUCGUCGUCGUCAUGACCCUCUACCACAAGCGCAAGACCAAGCGCAUCUCCGAGAAGUAUGAGGAGGAGCUGACCCUCACCCGGGAGAACUCCAUCCGCCGCCUGCACUCGAGCCACAGCACGGACACCCGCACCCAGCUGGAGGAGACGCUGCAGCUGCGGGCAGAGAGCCGCCAGGGCAGCCUGCGUGGGGACAGCCUGCGCGGCACCAGCAUCUGCUCGGCCAUGAGCGAGGAGCCCGAGGGCCGCAGUUACUCCACGCUCUCGACCGUGCGGGAGAUCGAAACGCAGACCGAGGUCCCUGCGGCGCCGGCGGGGAAGGAGCCCAAGGACGAGGAGGAGGAAGGCGGCGGCGAUGACCCCAUCAAGCAAGCCAUGACCCACUUCGUGCAGGAGAACGGCAUGCUCCAAGCCAAGCCCACCACCAACGGCAUCUACAUCAACGGCCGCGGGCACCUCGUGUGAGCCGCUGCCCAUGGAGGUUGUGGGGGGG